AUGGUCGAUGUCAAUAACUCAUCUAGUCGCAACAGCCGAAGAAUCAAGAAUACUAAAAGUCUGUCGAAGCAGCAGCUCGCGCAGGUUUCACCAAAACUGGGUAUUCUCAAUAACAUACCUUUCGUCAUUCCAUUUGAUUCACGGGUUAGCAUUUUGAGAGAGCUAAUAAGGUAUGACGAGAUACGGAACAACGUGGAUAGCUACUUUGAUCAAGUGAAGGCUGAUAUUAGACGCGAUAACGUCGCUGAAGAUGGGUUCAAUCAGCUUAACAUCCCUGGUGACCAACUUAAAGGGAAAGUUUUCAUUCGUUUCUUCGAUCAAUGGGGAAUUCCAGAAGUUGGUGUCGACGGAGGUGGUCUUUUUAAAGAGUUUUUAACAUCUCUGGCAAAGGAGGUAUUUGACACUGACCGGGGACUCUGGUUGUCUAGUGAAAAAAGACUCCUGUAUCCUAAUCCCCACUCCUAUGCCAAGGAGCCAUCUCAGCUCGACUGGUAUAGAUUCUUAGGGAAGAUUAUUGGUAAGGCCCUUUAUAGUGGUAUACUACUCGAUGUUGGCUUUGCCGAAUUCUUCUUGGCGAAAUGGAACGGCCGUCAGUCUCAUCUUGAUGACCUUGCAUCGCUCGAUCCACAACUCUACGAUGGUCUACUCUAUCUUAAAAACUACCCGGGCGACCCACAGGAUUUGGCCCUGACUUUUGCUGCUUCCGAAGAGGAAUUUGGUGCAACUCGCACGAUAGAUCUCAUACCAAAUGGCCAGAACAUCCCAGUGACGAGGGAUAACAAAAUACAGUACAUCCAUCUAAUCUCACAUUAUCGUUUGAACACACAAAUAGAGCCACAAUGUAAGGCUUUCUUCCAGGGUCUUUCAAGUAUCAUUGACAACAAAUGGUUGAGAAUGUUCGAUCAGCAGGAAUUAGGAGUAUUGAUAGGUGGUGCAGAGAGCGAUAUUGACCUUGAUGAUCUCAAGAUUCACACAGUCUAUAAUAACUACAGUGAGGCAGAUGAAGUUAUCAUUAACUUCUGGUCUGUUGUGCGCUCAUUUAACCAGCGCCAGAGAGAGCAACUUCUGUCAUUCGUUACUUCAUGUCCCCGGGCGCCGUUAUUGGGAUUCAGAGAAUUGAGACCAUUCUUUGCCAUAUCAAAGGCUUCAGAUGAUGACUCCUGGUUACCUACGGCGAGCACCUGCGUGAAUAUGCUAAAGUUACCAGCCUACUCGAACAAACAGAAGCUUAAAGAGAAACUUCUCGCUGCAAUUACUUCAGGGGCAAGGUUCGAGAUUACCUAG